AUGAGAGAAGUAAUUACAAUUUAAGUCGGAUAGGGGGGAAUAUAGGUUGGAAAUGCAUGUUGGGAAUUGUUCUGUUUAGAGCAUCAAAUAUAGCUUAAUGGAUAGUUGAUCAAUUAGUAAAUAAUAGAUAAAAAUGAUGCAUUAAGAACUUUGUUUUUUGAAUCUGAUCUUUAAAAAUUAGUUCCAAGAUCUAUAUUACUGGAUUUGGAAUCAUCGAUAAUAGAUGAAGUAAAAACUGGUAAAUUUAAGGAGAUGUUUAACCCAGAAUAAUUAAUUUCUGGAAAAGGAGGCACCGCUCAUAAUUUUGGAAGAGGUUAUUAUUCCAUAGGCUAAGAAUAUAUUGAUACUGUAUAUGUUUGGAGAGAAUAAGAAAACUUGUUGAAAAUUGUUCUUCAUUUUAAGGAUUUAUAAUAUUCAAUUCGGUUGGUGGAGGGACAGGUUCAGGUUUUGGUGCUUUGCUAUUUGAUAAAUUAUCAGUUGAUUAUUGUAAAAAAUCUAGAUUGGGCAUAAUUAUUUAUCCAUCACCAGAAACCUAGGUUUCUAUGGUUGAACCCUACAAUUCAAUUCUUGCAACUUAAUCUUUAAUAGAUCAUGCUGAUGUUUGUAUAACUAUGGAUAAUUAGGCAAUUUAUGAUAUUUGUAAAAAUAAACUUGAUGUUGAAGUACCAAAAUAUUCUAAUUUGAACAGGAUGAUAGCUCAAGUGAUGUCAUCUAUAACUGCUUCGAUGAGAUAUGAUGGCCCAUUACUUAGGGAGAUGGCUGAAUUGGAAAAUAGUUUAGUUCCUUAUGCCAAGUUCAAAUUUUUGAUUUGUACUUAUGCUCCUAUUAUAUCCUAUUAAAAGCUGGACCAUUUGCAGCUUUCAACUAUUGAAAUCUCAAAACUUGCUUUUGAAACAACAAACAUGAUGGCAAAAUGCGAUCCAAGAUUGGGGAAAUAUAUGUCAUGCUGUUUGUUAUAUAGAGGAGAUAUCAUUCCUAAAGAUGUUAGUUAUUCGAUUUCCUAAAUUAAGACUCAGAAAACUAUUAGAUUUGUCGAUUGGUGUCCAACUGGUUUGAAAGUAGGAAUUGAUUAUCAAGUCUAAUAAACUUUACCAGAGGAUGACAUACGUAAAGCUUAAAGAUCAGCUUGCAUGAUUGGAAAUACAACUGCAGUGUCAUAAGUCUUUUCAGAAUUAUGCCAUAAAUAUGAUUCAAUGUUUUCAAAAAGAGCCUUUGUACACUGGUAUAUAAAAGAAGGUAUGGAAGAAGCAUAAUUCGUAGAAGCAAGAGAAGAAUUAGCAUGCUUAUUAAUAGAUUAUGAGGAAGCAGAUUCAGAAAUAAAUGAAGGGAAUUAUGAAGAGAAUGCAGGACCAUGA